AUGAAAACUAUAGACCUCUUUUGUGCCUCUCCAGCGUCCACAGCCAUAUGCACAAGCAUUGACCAACGUACCAUUGUCCGCCAUGCCACGAGGCCAAUCGAUCGCCACCGUCAUCAUCUUGAUGAUCGAAAAAAAACCCGAGCUCCUGUCCCCCGUUCAUCUCAACCACCCUUUGAUGCCAAGUUCCGUUAUCAAAACAGUAGAUUUCGUUCUGUUAAGAAAAGUGAAUCACGUAGAAAAAGCUCAGCUGACAUACUUGACCUCACCAGUCCUCCUGGUUCCUCUAGGUAUCUCUUAAGCGACACACCCUUCAUUGACUACUCGUCAAAUUCUGAUCAGGUCUCAGCAUUGAUUCCUAGCCAAGCUGUGACUGCUAGGCCCCAGAACUUGCGUUCAAAUGGUUCUCUUGCUUCAAAAUUUUCAACAAAUGGAUCAAAUUAUUAUCCUUCUUUAACAACUUUGUCACCUCUCUCAAAUGACUCUCCUGUUUUAAAAUCUUCAUCAACCCGCUCUCGCCCAAGAAAUCAGGUUGUGGAAUUGAGGGUAUCUAUUCAUUGCAAGGGCUGUGAAGGAAAAGUGAGAAGGCAUAUCUCCAGAAUGGAAGGCAAGUAA